AUGGUGAGGACUUGGGAUCAGGAGGAGGACAUCGCGAAGCAGGCUCUGACUUGGGAAUUUGUUUGGCGGAUUGUUGAUGGGCUAUUUGAGGCUCUUGAGGGGCGGGAUGGGGAGGAGGAGAGUGAGGGAGAUGAGGAGGAGGACCAGGGAGAACAGGAGGACCAGGAAGGGGUUCAGGAGGAUGGUGAGCUGGGUGCCGACGAAAGCGAAUUUGAGAGUGAGGAAGAAGCCGAAGACGCGGAAGGGUAG